GGAGUGGAGUCUUUAUUGUGGGAUCGUUGAGGCAAAUGGGGUUUACGGAGGACGUUUAACAUAUUUAUGUUUUCAUGAUGUAGAGUUUGUUUUCUUACGAUCAUAUAGCGUUAUCUAUCGGUAGCAAAUAAUACAGACAGAUUUAUUUUAACCCACGGUUGUGUGGGGAAUAUCAAGGGAACGUGUACAACAACAACAAGGCAGUAUGUCACGGGGAACUGUCACAAAGUCGCGGACAGACAAGAAAGGUGGACAGUCUGUUCCAUUGCCAGCCGUGGCCCAUGAAAUUAUCCCUGGAAAAUAUACUGACCAAGAUUGGAAUUCUAUGCUAGAAAAAGAUGAUGGGGAGGACUUUAUUGCGGAUAUUGUUGAGGAUGUGGUGGCCAUGACGUUGGAGAAAGCUUAUGAUGGCUAUAUUAGUCGUCAGCUUUUGCCAUUCACAAUAAAUCAGGCCAAGGAUGCUAUUUUGCAGAUCAUUGAGUGGCAGUUCCUUGCUCAUGAUGAAGGAGAUAUGGAGGUAGACAAAGACCCAGGCUGGAUUCAAGAAGAAGAGCCUGAUCCAGCCACAACAGACUGCUGGGCACAAGGCUCUGUUCCCAAAAUCUUUCUGCCUCCAGUCUGCUCUGUGAUAGAAGAGGAGCCAGAAGUGAAAGAGGAAGCCCAGCCCACUGAGACAGUAGAUCCAGAGAUUUGUGAUGAGCAGAUGAGUGACCAGGUAUCGGAGCCGCCACUCCCAGAAAACACUCAGUUAGAGGAAGACCAGCCACAGGAUGCUAACUUUGUACCAGAAAAUUCAGACUCUCCCACCAAGGCGGCUGCCUCCCCAAAGAAGAAGAGGCGUGGUUACAAGCCACACUAUGGGUCCCUGAAGUCUGCAGGUGUAAGCAGAAUGACAGAGUCUCUAGAGGACACAGAGAUUCAACUCUGGGAGAAGGAGGCGCGGGAAAACUUGUCCCCAGAGAGACCAUUGGCACUUAGCCUCAUACAGAUGCCUGUCACCUGCCACUCCUUACUAAAAGAGCCUGAGCUACAGGCACACUCCUAUCACUACUUUGUACAAGGCCUCCUCAAAACCUCCCACUCACUGCACUACUCUUCUCAUGGCCUUGUGGCACAAGUGCACUCUACUCCAUCUGUGUUCCAAAGGUGUCUGAUCGAUACACCCUUCCGUCACAGGAUGCAGCAGGGUAGACCACCAGGAAACAAGGAGGUGACGUACGAUGAGAUGGGCAACGUUGUGGCUGUUGUUAAGCUUAACCCUGACAGAUUACCCAACCACAGAGUGAAGGUAGGCUAUCAUGUGGUGGAUCCAACCGUAGAAGCUGCAGAGGCCAGACUGGAUGCCAUGAAGAAGGGGAAGUUAACCAGGAAGAACCUGUCACACAAGGAACCUAAACACUCUAAUGGCAAACGAGCAAGUGUUGGUUCAUCUACAGUCACCAGUAAAGGGAAGCCCUCUGUGCUGACAGAUUCACAGUCUAAAACUCCUCUGCCUCCUGCAAUGAUCGACACUGUUGACAUUGCUCCUGGUGUGGUGAUUCGAGAGGGACAACAGGUCAGAAAAGGGCCUCGCAGGGUUGUUAAGAAGUCCAAUCAGUUAACGGAUGAGACACAGAGAAUGUUAAAACCUAUCUCUAUCUGUAACAACCUAGCCACGCUGGAUGUGAGUGAGAUACUGGAGCGUCGCACACCCACGCUGAAACCCCUUGCAGAGUCCAACCCCAUUCCCCCAAUUAACCCCCACCCACCCCAGCAACCCCGAGUCUCCUGAUCUCACGGGAACAGGGUGUUUCAAUCAGACUGUACAAACAUUGUGUGCUUAAUUCAGGAGUCCAUGAAAGAUGCAUGGAUCUGUGCAUGACUGUGAUACAUACAUUGUAAAGUGGUACAUAUAUUAUAAAAAUGUACAGCUACACAGUUAAAAGAUCAUGGUAAGUUUGUAAAUAGAAUUAAUGGAAAUUUUGAGUCGACUUGAAAAGGAUUACUGGUUUGAUGAGAUACACUAGACAUCUUGGUACAUGCAGCUCUUUUUUUAAGCAGUUGUCAAACAUUUAUAUCUAUCCCAAUUCAGCAAGCACCAGCAAUUAUUACAUCUUUGUGAAGAUGAACAUGGAAAUAAGUGUCACUGUUUUUUUUCUUUGAGGCUCUACUUGUUUAUAUUUGUACAUUUAUUCAUUCUACUUGUUUAUCUUUGUAAAUUGUCCGUUAGUCUCAAGAUGGUUUUGUAUCCUUUAU